UGCGUCAGUCCUUGCUACAGGGAGGCUUUGAAAUCCGACAAUGGGCAUCCAAUGUGCCAUCCAUUCUAAGGCACCUCCCAUCGGAAGCCAGAUCAGCUAGUAGUGAGUGCUGGUUGUCUCAGAGUAGCACUGACCUGCAAGAACUUACACUCGGCUUACAAUGGAAUUGCCUCGAUGACACCCUUGGGUAUAGAAACCGUGUAGCAGAGCCUGCUCAGCCCACUAUGAGGAACCUGUAUAAGACUUCGGCAAGCCAAUAUGACCCCUUGGGGUUCAUCCUACCCUUCACCACGAGGGCAAAGACUCUGAUCCAGGAUCUCUGGAAACACAACCUAAGCUGGGAUGACCCUAUUGAACCCUUACAUCUGCGUGAGAAAUGGUCCACAUGGAUUGCAGAGCUUUCCAGUAUCACCAAACUACAAUUCCCUCGACCUUAUGCUCCUGGCAAGUCUGACACUCCGUCCACUGUCAGAGAGUUACAUGUCUUUUGCGACGCCUCGGAGAGGGUAUAUGGAUCUGUCGCCUACCUUCAGGUCACCGACGAGAGUGAUGAAGUUUAUGUCACCUUUGUCCUAGCCCGAUCUAGAGUGGCCCCUCGGAAAUGUCUAUCUAUGCCCCGUCUGGAGUUGUGCGCGGCGCUCUCUGGAGCUCAGAUGGCCAAAGUUAUACAGACUGAACAUACCAUUCCCAUACACCAAGUCACAUACUGGACUGAUUCAACCACGGUGCUGCAUUGGUUAAAAUCAGAAUCUUGUCGAUACAAAGUCUUUGUGGGGUCCAGAGUAGCCGAGAUCCAGACUUUGACAGAUGUUUCCAGAUGGUGGUAUGUUGACUCUGCUAGAAAUCCUGCUGACCACAUCACCAGGGGUCUUACCUUAGCGGAACUAGCUUGCCCUCACCAGUGGAGAUCCGGUCCUUCCUUCCUGACUCAACCACAGAAUAAGUGGCCAGCAUUACCCAGUUCAGAGCCUGAACCAGACCUGAGUGAGAUGAAAAGAGCAUCCUUUGUUGGAGCAAUCACAGUUGUUCCCAGUCCAGUGCCUUUAGACUUCAGUCAAUUCAGAACCUGGAAGGAGCUACUUCAAGCAACUGUGGAGUCCUGUGAUGGGGCGGCCAACUCUGACAACUCUUCUGAAGCCCCAAGGUAUAUACAGGCAGAGAAGCUCCUCUUAGCACAGGCACAGCUUGAUUCAUUUCCAGAAGAAUUGCGGGCUUUGAAAGCUGGACAAUUCAUCUCGACAGACAGCCGAUUGAGGUCUCUCGCCCCAGAAUAUGACAAAGAUACUGGUCUUAUCAGAGUGGGAGGACGACUUCGUCGUAUUGAAACCCUGCCUCCUGAUGUCAUUCACCCUAUUGUUCUAGACCCUCAACAUCAGGUCACAAAGUUGCUCAUCCAAGACAUAGAUCAACAGCUCAAUCAUCCUGGUGCAGAACGAGUACUAGCGGAGCUAUGCCGUCGAUACUGGGUGCUUAGAGGCCGUGAAGCUGUGCGCAGACACCAACAUUUCUGUCAGGAUUGCCAAUUUUGGCACUCCAAGCCACAGAACCCAAAGAUGGCUGACCUUCCACCCUGCAGGCUACGUCUGUUCAAGCCACCAUUCUUCUCCACUGGCGUAGACUGCUUCGUGCCCUUUCAGGUGAAGAUAGGUCGACGUCAAGAAAAGAGAUGGGGGAUCUUAUAUAAGUGCUUGACGACCAGAUGUUUACAUCUUGAUCUCCUUGAACACCUAGACACAGACGCCUUUCUCCUGUCUUUACGACGCUUUAUAGCCCGCAGAGGGAAGCCCUUUGAGAUAUUAUGUGACAACGGCACCAACUUCACUGGAGGCAGUCAUGAGUUAAGAGAAUCCUUUAGUCAAAUGACACCUGAACUUCAGACACAACUGGCUAAACAGCAGAUCCAGUUUCGCUAUAUCCCACCGAGCGCCCCUCACUUUGGCGGUACAUGGGAGCGAGAGGUGAAGUCAGUUAAGACUGCUUUGCGAGUCAUUUUACGGGAACAAUCCGUGCCUGAAUCUGUGCUGCAAACAUUACUAGUGGAAGUAGAGGGCAUACUCAAUUCCAAGGCACUUGGCUAUGUUUCAUCUGACAUUGCAGACCCGGACCCUGUGACCCCGAACAUGUUACUCAUGGGACGCCGUGAUGCCUCCUUACCACAAGUCCUUUAUGACUCCAAUGAGCUCUUGGGCAAACGCAGGUGGCGACAUAGCCAGGUAUUGGCUGAUCAGUUCUGGACUGCUUUCAUACGCAGCUACCUACCAGAACUACAGGGCAGACAGAAAUGGACAUCGGAUGGCAAAGGGUUGGCAGUAGGACAGGUGGUGCUCCUAAUUGACCAUCAACUCCCACGAGCACUAUGGCCUGUGGGUACCGUGACAGAGACCUAUGCAGGAGCAGACAAGAGGAUUCGGACAGCUAAAGUCAAAGUCAAGGACAAAAUGUAUCUGCGGCCUGUUGUGAAACUGAUUCCACUUCCUCCAAAGAGGGAUGAGGAUAAAGACACUUUGGAUGGCCUUUCUUAAGGGCUACAAUUAGCCUGCCGGUAAUUGGGGGCGGCAAUGUCAGAAAGACCACCGGAACGGUUUCUGACGGACUGAUAUUGUAGUUGCUACUUCCAAUAGACUGAUGCAAUAGCCAGCUCCAGACGUGCGCUCUCCAUUAUUGUUCAGUGUUGUGCGUUUAUGCAAACAAAUGUGAACCACAACGCAAUAACCUAUGUUAAAUACUGCCAUUUGAUCUAUCACAUCUUCAGAUUAUGUUGUAAGGGAUAUCACUGAUUACCUGAAAAGUACUAUUAAAGAAAAGCUUGAAAGGAUUCACAUCGACCAUGCCUGAUUCUCUAACCAGAAUCAAUGUCCAUAUUUGUCCGCCAGUAGAACUGAAAAUUUAACAAGGUUGACAGAGGUGGUAGCCUGCAAC